ACAAAUCUCACCCGGACUCAGGACAAACCUCAACUCAUCGAGACUUAGAAUAGACUCAGUGAAGAUGCUGGCGCUGCCUCUUCUCAUGAUUCUCCUUCAAAGUGAGUUUUUGUCUGUUCUGAAAACUUUCUUGCUAGUUUGGCUGAAUUUAACGAAAAACGAGAAGGUCAUGAAAUCUGUUGUUGAAAGCUUUGGGAUAAGGAUGAUUUGUGUUGCCUAGUAAACAUGGACAAACUUAUUUAUAAGGUACUGAGAGAGAGGUUUUUAGAGGAAGUAUACCUCCUUUUUGACACUUUGAGAGCUGAGUAUUAUAACCCUUUGAGAUUCCAUCGUCUCACAUAUUUUAUUCCUCUUUAAAUUCCACUCUGUGUGGAUACGACUUUUGAUUUGCAUUCAGAAAUGCAGAAAUUGAAAACCAAAGAAGAACACGAGAGACUGGAGGAAAAUUACUAUUGCAGUGAGCUUUGAUAAACCUUAUGUCAAUUUAAGGGGAGGAGAUGAAAUAGAGAAUCCAUCAGCAGUCUCUCCAGCAUUGUUUUGACUGCAAUAGUAAUACAACAAUACUAUGACUGUUGAUAUUUUGGUUUUCUGUAAAUAUGAGAGAAAAUAUUAACAUUUUUAUAGUUUACCUUAACGGACAAAUACAACUUAAAGUCAAUUAGAAAUAUGGGGUUAAAAAGUUAAAGGUUAUUUGAAAAAUAUCCCCCAAAAGUUAACUCUCUCUCUCUUUUAAAAGAAAAUAAAGAAGUAAGCUUCUCCCAUUUCUGAAUCCCUCUCUCCCCUCAUGUUUUUUUUACGCAUGAAAUGCCGAAUCAUAUUACUGACAUUUAUAGUAUUCAGUAUAUUGGAUUCUACACUAAAGCCCGACCAGGGACAAAGACUGUAAAUCAGCUGAAUCUAGACAUCUUGUAAGCAUCACAUUUUCCACUUCUUGUAGCAAUGUAAAAUAAAUUUUAAACAAAAAUAGUGAAAAAGGUGUUUGUACAGAGACAUUUUCAUGGUAAAAAUGUUCCCAAGUUAAUUGUCUAUCAUCAUUUAUUGAUAGUGAGAAUUUUUGUGUUCAUCUUGAGAUUGAGUUGAUGCGUGUUGAUCUCACUUGCAGUGUGUGUGUGUGUGUGUGUGUGUGUGUGUGUGUGUGUGUGUGUGUGUGUGUGUGUGUGUGUGUGUGUGUGUGUGUGUGUGUGUGUGACGUGUCCAGGGUUGGGAUUGUGCAGAGAUGGGGUGGGUGUAGCUCUGGGGGUUCAUGUUUACAUUAAACCCGCUCUGAUGCCUUUUGAACCUGAGAUCCGCAGACUGAUCAGAUCAAACACAUUACUCAGAGGAGUCCCAGAUCCCGCCCUCAGUUUGAAGAUAGCCCCUGGCUGACCCUGUUGUUAAUUGGACAGAGAUGAAAACGAUCUCUUGCUAUCUGGAAAAAUUGCAUUUGAAGUUUCCGUGGGACUUUUUAAGGCAGAGACUGCUUUCUUAAGCGAGUGCUUUAUGUUGAUAAUUGCUGCUUUGGCGUUUGUGUUUGAUCUUUCUCUCUCUUAUGUACCCAUGAGGACUGACUGUCCUCGCAGGGUUUGAAGAUAAAAACCUUAUCUUUUUUAAGGUAAAAGCUGGUCAAGGAAAUGUUUGGAAGAAAAAUGUUUAAGUAUUGUGCAUGCCUGCUAAUGUUGGAUUUGAACAUUUUAGCCGCUUAAAUGCUUUUAAACUACACAGUGCCAUUGGGUUCAUUCAUUUUAAAAUCAUUACGAGCUGAACAAGUUUGUUUUUCUCCUGGAUUAAGUAGAAAUGUCUUGUUGAGAUUGUAUCUUGAAACUGCAGACAGUAUAUGCCCUGCUCCUGUUACCCUGAGCUGUUUGACUGUGUUUGGCCACUUUACAAUGUUCAUCUCUUCAAUUCCUGGUUCACGCAGAUAUCUAAUCAGCCAAUCACAUGGCGUCAACUCAAUGUAUUGAGACAAGUAGAGAUUGCCAAGAUGAUUUCACUGAAGGUCAUACUGAGCAUUAAAAGGCAAAAUAAAGGUGAUUUGAGUGACUUUGAACAUGACAUGGUUUUUGGUGUCAGAUGUUUCAGAAACUGCUGGUCUACUGUGAUAUUCAUACCCGACUAUUUCAAUGGAAAUAUUAAAAAAAGAGUAAAUAUUCAGUGAGCAGCUGGUUUCAAAUACUUUGUUGAUGGUAGGGGUCAGAAGAGAACAGCUAGGUUGGUUUUGGUGGAUAGAAAGGUAAUAGUAGCUCAAAUAAACACUUGUCACAACCAAAUGUGAUGAACAGCAUCUCUGACAAUCAGCACAUUGAACCUCAAAGCAGAUCGACCACUUCCUUGAAAUCUACGAAUUUCACCAAAACUGCGUAAAAGAUUUUAAAUACGUCACUCAGUGUGAUGAGUCUCACUUUCUGCUGGCGGGUCAGAAUUUGGCAUAAAUAACAUGAAGGCAUGAAUCCAUUCAGCCUUAGAUCAACGGUUCAGGCUGCUGGUGUUGGUGUAAUACUUAAACCUGCUUUGCAUCAACUGGGCAUUGUUCUUACUCAGCAGCCUACCUGGGUAGUUAAAUCUACAUCAUUAAGAGUUCAGGCAGUUCUGAGGGCCUAAAGGGGUCCAUCCUGGUACUACUGUGGUGUGUAUUCUAAAGUGGAGGGUGAGUGGCAGGAUUUCAUGUUGAGUGUUAAAAUCAGAAUCAGGUUUCAGUCGGACAGAGGGUCAGAGUAAAGCUUAGGGGGUUAAGGGUUCAGUGAAGAUCCCCACAAGUGUGUAAUUCAGAUAUGCAGGGAUUGUGUAUGUGUAUGUGUGUAUGUGUGUGUGGUGUGCCAGCUGAGAAGGGUAAGGUUACUGUCACACAGAGCUGCUUUGUCUGCAUAAGAAAAACACACUCCCAAGACAUGUGUGGUGCACACAUACGGACACACGCUUGCACACGUCGACCAAAUGAUCUUCUCUUAACAAUAAACCACAUGCAUGUUUCAGGUUUCCAAACCAACUCUGAAAAUCCGUGUUGCUGUUGCCUUUUGUCGUCUUUACUGGCAGCUGAUCUAGGAGCAGUUGUCUGUCAGAGGUUACAAGCUUUAAAUGAAGUUUAUUGCAAUGAAACAUAAAGCUUUAAAAUCAACGUAACAUCACAGACGCCUCAAAUAUCUGCAGCAUAUUUAAAUCUCUGCUUUAUAAACCGUAAAAUAAGGCUGUUUCAACAUGUUAUUCAACUAUAUGAAGCUUCCAGGUUUUUGGCUACACGUAGAUAUAACCUUUCUUUUUGUCAUGUUCUAGCUGUUAAAAUAGAUUGAAGCCAACUACAUCCACCGUACAUUAUUCUGCACUCUGUCCAAGUUUUAAAACUUUACUGCUCAAGCCGAGGUUCCCUCUUAAAUUUAUCUCUUUUAUGAUGUACAUUGACAAUGCUGUUUUGCUGAUGUGCAGUUUUGGGUUAGGAUGUAUGCUCUGUGAGUCAGAAUGUGUGUGUGUGUGUGUGUGUGUGUGUGUGCGCACAGACAGAGGGGACGAAUGACUAAAAGAGGUUAUCAGUUCAAGAUAAAGCAGCCUGUCAGGGUGUCAUCCAUCACCUGCAUUCCUCCGCAGCACCGCUCCUAGCACCACCAGGACGCUGCUACACACUCUAUACACCCAAUGUGAGAAUGUAUUUUAGUGUGUGAUGUGUGUGUGUGUGAGUUAGUGUGUAUGUGUGUGAAAACAUUUGUGUAUAUUCCUUUUUUUGGAAAUUGUGGUAUCAGUAGCUGACUAACUCUCUGGGCUUUUUUCCCUGUUUUACUUGCCCUAUUUUCAUGCUCUCCCUGAUUUCCCACGGUCCAAAUGUAACAUCCAGGUAAAGGUAAAGAGAGGCUGCUGCACACAUUCAUGUCAUUUUGUUAUUUCCCUGCAGGUCCUGUGUGUCUUUCAGUGACAGUCAGUAGCAAUAAACCCAAUGUAGAGGUCCAUGAACACUCAGGUAAGACUGUUUUUAAACUUUAUUUUAUACAUUCAUCUGUAGAUUCAACACUCCAUUAAGACACAAAAUAUCAUCUGCGACCAUUUGACCUGGGUAAACAUUAUAUCUACUUCAGUGUUUUUUUGAUUAAACUUAAUUUUCUGGUAAAAAAAAGGAUCACAUCAGCAAAAAUGUGCAACUUGUGUCAUAGUAUCUGUUGUUUAUCUGAAUAAUAUUUAAUUCCAAAUGAACAGGAAACAAAUUAUGCAUACUUGAUAGAUAAUUAUGCAUACCAUUCAAACUUUUUAUUUGCAAAGACACCACUUUGUCACUAUAUGGGGAAGCAGUGAACAUAAUUUCAUGCUAAACCAAUUCUUUUUAAAGGAAAUGAUUAUUCAGAGAAGAAACAUAUUUGAAGCGUGUAAAAAAAAUAGAAUAAAAACUGAUAAAAAUGUCUGCUGGUUUAGUCCUGGUCAGAAAUGAACGUACAUUGGUUUGAUACCUCUUUUUGCUGCCCCGGGUCUUAUCCUUUCAGAUGCUGUGCUUUCCUGUGAGUUCAGGACUGAGAAAGAUCAGAGCCCUCGAAUCGAGUGGAAGAAGAAAGGAAAGGGGGUCACGUUUGUGUACUUCAAUCAGAAAUUUACGAGUGAGUGAAGAAUUAUAUUUACUGCUUGAAAUGGUCUGCCUCUCAUGAUCUGGUCAGUCUGAUAUGUUUCCACUUUAAUACGUUUUAUUCAAUCUUAUUUAAGUUCUCCUUUACAUCUCACCAUUGCCUUCCUCUACAGGCUCUUAUGCACGUCGAGCGAAGAUCGAGGGAGCCACGCUGACGUUACACUCUGUUACCCAGAAAGACUCAGGGGAGUAUCGAUGUGAGGUCACUGCUGGUGAGGACCACGUCAACCUCGGGGAGACCAUUGUCACCUUGAACGUACUUGGUAUGAUGGAAAUACUUUCUUGUGAACAUGUUAAUGAGGGUGUGCAUACAUAUAUGUGUGACAUGGAGAGUAAAUUUGGAUUAUUUGGACAUCAGAUGCUGCUUUUACAGACACAUAAAAGUGGUAAUUACAGAAACUUCUUCCUGGGGGUAUUUGUCAGUAAGGUUUAGAAAGAAAUCCUGUCUCAAUUUCAGUUCUUCAGCUGUGGCAAUUUGUACUUAAUUAUUUCCAGCAGAAGGUCAACAAUUUGUCAAAAAUAGAAAAAAUAAAAAACAGUAAAGAAAAAAUAUGCAAAUAGGUGUAGCAGGCAAUUUUCAGACCAGUCUUCAUAGCCUUGAAUCCAGCUGUUCCUCCUCUGUGUUUCUUCAGUACCUCCUCAUGUUCCCUCCUGUGAGGUGCCGAGCUCGGUGUUUGUGGGUGCAGGCCUGGAUCUCCUCUGCAAGGACAAGCUCAGCGUUCCUCCCGCCACCUACCGCUGGUUUAAAGACAACAAGGCUCUGACAGCCACAGCAGAUACACCGUACAGCAUCGAUCCACAUAAGGGCUCACUUGUAAGUACAACCUUAUAUACACAUACUUAAUAAAUACAGAUUUGAAGAGUCUACAGCUGUACACUCUAACUUAACUCUCUCACCUUGCAGAAAUUUCAGAGUGUGUCAAAAACAGAUGCUGGGAUGUACCGCUGUGAGUCCUCCAACAAUGUGGGGGCUCCCAAGAGCUGUGUGGCUCAGCAACUCAAGAUUAUUGAGUGUAAGUGGUGCUGUUUAAAUUAUUCCUAUAAAUCUGAAUGUCAUACUUCUUUCACUUUAAACUUAGGAACGUCUUUCUCUAUUCUUUAGACCCUUUGAACAUGACGAUUUUGAUAGCUGGAGCUGCAGGAUUUGUGGUGCUCGCUCUCUUCUGCUGCAUCUGCGUGUGUGUCUGCAGACGUCGCGGCUGCUGUAAAAAAAGUGAGUACAUUGUUCCUGCUGAUUUUGUAUUUAAAUGUGUAAAAUAGAUGCAUGAGAUAGUACCUGUCAUGGAAACAUUACCUCAACACUAAAGAUGAAAACAACUAAAGGUUGUAUUAAAAAUAUAAGGGCUGUAACUUUAACUGACAAGGUCACACACAGAUGGCUGUAUAAAUAGAGGAUCAAGUUGGGGCGAAAUAAUCUUAUACACAUUAUAAAGUAUUUUAUCAUGACUUACAAGGUCGGGUAUUAUAAUGUGUUAUGCUUAUUGUUAUAAAGCCUUAUGAUAAUUAAUUAGUGUUUAUAAUGAUAGUCAUACACGUUUACAAGCAAAAUAUAACACAUCAUAAAUAUACAUAUAAUGCAUUAUCUAUGUGGGCAUUGUCAGAGAGAUGUUAACAGUUAUAACACAUUAUAAUACCUGACCUUGUAAGUCAUGAUAAAACGCUCUAUAAUGCGUUAUGAUUAUUGCUAUAAAGCAUUAUGAUCAUUUAUGAGUGUUUAUAACUAUAGUUAUCCAGUGCUAUAAGGUGAUUAUAAUGUAUUAUACAUAUAUUUAAAAUACGUUAUAGAGACAGGCGUCAAGUAAAGUGCUUUGAAGACUCACAAUUAUGAGAUAAAAACGAAAAACAUGUCAGUCAGACUUCAUUUUAAACAUUGAGAGCCCUUCUAAGAACUCUGUCCCCACAAAAGCAAAAAAAAAAAGAAAGAAGUGAAAAACUGCAUUUUGUUGACGGUGCUUCAGCUUUCCUCUGCUUUUUCCUGCUAAUUAUGAUUAAUUGUUGCUUUGGUUCAGUCAUAUCCACUCUGUUUCUGGCUGUAAGUGGCGGCUGUUUUUUGAAUAUGCUAAACCACUUGCUCAGCAACAAACCGUAAAAUGACAGUAAGACCCUCUCACUCAUGCACCGCACCCUUGAAAAUGUCCUGAUAUUGUCCAGUUGGAGACCAGCACCCGUCUCUAUCUAUUCCUGGCUUUAGGAUGACUUUUUCCUGCUAACCCCAAAAGUAAAAAGUCUGACUAGUGUGUGAAACAUGGAGUGAGUGGGUGAGGUGAUAUGUUGCAUUAAGCAGGUUUCACUGCUAUAUUUCAAACUCGAGUCAUGAGAGCAUAUCUCUGGCACAGACGAUAUCUCGCCAUGUGGGCGUGUCUGAACUGAAAUCUGGGGCCAGAUAUUGUUAAAACUUAUGUGUAUGAGAGACCCAAGAACUAGCUGGUAGACAUAGAGGAUUUAGCUUUUUUUCUGAUAAGAGGGAGUGAUUUCUAGAUUUGAAGAUGGGCAGAAACAGGUUCUAGUAUCCAAACUUGAACAUAAAGUUACUGUAUAGACACAGAAAUGAUUUUUUGGUGAGCAUAAGAGUGGCAGUAAAAUGUUCACCACUGUUUUCUUUUCCUACCUGGUUCAUCGGGUGUUUGAACAGAGGACAAGAAAACAAAAAGGUAAGGCUUUCACUUUUCAUUCUGACUCUUGUUUAUGCCUGCAGCCGUGUGUUUUCUAGUGAUAAUGAGCUCACACUGAACUGCUACCCUUUGUCUUUCAGCGCCAAGCCCUACAACCCCCCUCCUCCUCCUCCUCCUCCUCCCAUCCGUAACGUGAGUGAUCACAGUUGUUAUGGUGUCAGGGCUUGUUUUGCUCCCUGCCUUGAAUUUAGGUUGCCAUUAAAUGGAGCUGAUAAGAUGCUGAUAAGACUGAUCCCAUGCUAAUUAAGGGAAAUGAUUCAUUGCAUGUCUCUCUGCUCCCUACAGCUCAAGCACUACAAACAAACUCAGUCCUUCAUGAUCUGAGGGUGAAAACUCUCUGACUUUGACUUCAAACUACCCAAAGUGAACUUUUCUAAGACGCAGGAAAGUUGCCGGAUAGUUGCCUCACUGUGGGAUGGCUGCUCUUUUCUCCCUGUGAAGGACUGACACAUUCAGAUCUUUAAAAUGACAAGUGAAAACAAAGAAUAACAAGAAUCUGCAGAAAUGUUGUCAUCAUUAUUUUGGAGAAGGCCUUCACAUGUACUGUAAACUUUCAGCUGAUAGACGUUAUUUGUAUGUUUUAAUAGACAAAUCUCCAUCGUGUUGUUCUUGUGUGUGUGUCUGGACAUUUUUAUAGGUGCAUUUCAACUCCUCUCAGACGACAGGGGCAAAAGUCAGCCCUACAGUCCAAGUUCUGUCUCUCUUGUGCCACCCAUUGGCAGACCAGCUCAUCUAAUUCACGCUGAUUAUUAUUUCAGAUUUUGUAUAGACCUUAUCC